AUGGAAUAUCAGUGGUGUAUCGAAACAGGCCAUGGAUACAUAGGCGAGUACUACUCACAAUUCGUGCCAAGUAAGAACAUUGACUGCCCUUGUGGAGAAUUGUUUCAGACACGGGAACACAUCCUGCGGGAAUGCCCCCUCUACGAAGAACAACGGGGGAUCCUCCGGAAUGUGUCAAGGACUAUUUACCUACCAGACAUCCUUGGCACCAAGGAAGGAAUCACAGCACUGAGCGAGUUCAUGGAGAACACGGGAGCAUUCACCCGGACGGGACAACCACAAAACGAGAAGCUCGCUCCAGAGCCAGAAGAGGAAGGAGGAGAAUGGUGGGAAGAAGAAGAGGGCGACACGGAAGACGAGCAUGGAUAA